ACUAGGAAUUUCAUGCUCAAUAGCAUAGCAGAGUCACCCUGACUCUUUUCUUUCAUACAUAGAAGGAUUUUCUACCUCAAUUUCUUAUGGAGAGAUGGAUUUUCUACAUAGAAGGAUUUUCGUUGAUGAUGUUAGUAUAAUUUUUUAUGGAGAGAUGAUAUAACUCAUACUACUUUUGUUGUUUUUUGCAGUUGUCGCAUGUGUAAUUGUCGUAGGAUCAUGCUUUUGUACUAUCCGUGAUUUACAUGAUAUGACCAUUAAUGGAAGGAAACAUUCUCUAGUGUCUGAUCAUUCCUUUGAUCAACAUAUGUUAUCAUAUCCUUUAAAUCCUUUUGCCAUUUUGAUAUCAUUCCUUUGUUAUUUUGGCACAGAGGAUGAAAGUCUUCACUAGCAAUCUAGAGGAUCAUGAAAUGUUGACUUUGACUUUCUUGUCUUAUAUGUGUCCAGAGGUUGAGAGGAUCAUCUAUAUAUACAAUAGAUGAUUGUGGAUGAAGUUCUGGAUGAACAUAGUCUUCAUUUAUAAUCUUAGAAAUUUGUUUAGAUGAUGUAUUCACAAACUUUGACUACUUGUCUUGACUUGCAGCAAAAAGAUGAUGAUCCAUAUCAUCUCUGUUCGUUAUCUUUUUGUUGAAGUCUUGGUACAGUGUCCAGAAGACGAACAUCUUCUUUGACUUGGGCUUCUUUUUCUUCUACCGUGUGAGGAUCAUAAGAAUCUCCUUGAUAAUAUAAUUAAGAGCAUUUGUUAUACCUAUACACUUGAACACAAUUAGAUAAAUUGUUCCAUCCAAACACUAAAUAAACGAGAUGUUGUCUAGAAUACAUUUUGAUCUAACAAAGAGUCAUCUUCUGGCUUGGUCAAGGCAAAUUUUGUUGUAAGGAACUAAUUUAUAACGUAGAUUAAUUAAUGGAACAAUAUGAAACCAAUAAAUAUAUUAAUUAUCCAAUUUAACCAAAGUUUUUAUAUUUUAUACUCUUUCUCCUUUCCAAAAGUUAUGGUCAUGGUCUAUCCAUUCAUUCCCAACAACACUUUAUAUUAUUGGCGCGAGCCAAACGUCAUUGUAUUGCUGUUUAUUUAUGUCCAUAUAAGACGACACGAUGGAUCAAAACUUUUUGUUUAUCCAUUCAUUUCCACAUUCCACUACUUUACUUCUUCUCUCAUAAAACUUCCAUCCUUCUACAUCAUGCUUUCAAUUUCAACAAUUUCAUAAGGAGAAGAGGACUCUAGUAAUCCAGAAUUUGGCCACGCGUUCAUGGAUGCUGUAGAGACAAAACCUUCACCUGGGUAUGGUAAGCCUCCAUGGAUAUUUAGAGGAAGUGCCUUGUAUCAACUCCAUCUUGUGAGAGCUGAGAAAGCUAGAACAUGCAUUCCAAAAGAAUUCAAAUUGGUUGAAGCUUUUGGAUACACUCUUGGUGGAUUCUUUCUAGCUAGUUAUGAGGAUAGUCCAGUGGGUGCCUUUGAUGAGCUUGUUGUGAUUGCUGGACUUGUUUGGAACCGCCCUACAUCUUGCGCAUGGGCAACAAAGGUGUAUGUGAACAACAAUGAGGCUUGUUCUCAUGGAAGAAAGGAUGUGGGGCUUCCAAGUCAGGUGGCAAGAUUUUCCAAGACAAUUACAGCAGUCUCAAGUCAAUCACGAGGCAGGAGUGGAUUUUUAAAUAUGAUUCCAAUUGGUUCUGAGUUCGACAAUCCAAAUGAUCAUUUGAAUGUUCAAGUAACCGAAAUCGAAUCUUUUGGUGUAGCAGAUAGUUGUAAUAUAAGUCUCAUAAGUACUGCAGUUCCUGCUUUGAAGUUUGACCGUUGGAUGGGGCCAACAAUUAAAAUGUCACUUCCAAGUUUCAGUGGCGGGACAGAGUUUAAUCCAAACCUACUUAAGUACUCUUGCCAGAUUGAAUGCAGGGUGCAACCAGUGAAGCCUUUGAAGGUUUCAAGAACAUUACCUUUAACAAAUGUUGAUGACAAAGAGCAACAAUCUUUACAAGACUAUGGAAAACAGAAUUUAACUACCUAUGUGAUGUUAUCAAAACCUAUAUUAGCACUUAAGUUUAAUCAAAUGAAGAUGCAAGUAGAAGCUCCCAUUGUACUUUACCAAUGCUCAAAUUCUUUAGAAACUACUACAACUACUGUAAGCUCUGUUCCAUAAACUCUAGUUUUACAAAAACAUACAUGAAUAUUUGUUUGUGUUUUUCCACAGCAAACUAUUGCAAUUUUCUUAUUCAAUUAUGUAGUAUUACAACUCUCAAUAAAAAUAAAGUGCUGGGAUGUUUCUUUUUGAAUAAA